AUGGCUAGUGAGGAGAGUUUCGUAGUGUUGGUUCACCACAGAGGAUCCAUUAAAAGGAAAAUUCGUUCUGGUGUGAAGUUCACUGAUAAGGAUCCUCUCUGUAUUAUCGUCAGGCCUACGACGAGGUAUGAGGACCUUAUUAGCUCUGUACUGCUGAAACUUGGUCUAGAAGGUGUGAAACGAGUUAAGAAGUUUUUUUAUCGAAUUCCAAUCACGGUGCUCCAGGAAACCGUAAAGUACGAUUGUUUCACGAUCGGGAGUGAUGAGGACUUGCAGGUCAUGUUUCAUUGUCGCCGGCAGUUUCCAAAGGUGAGGACACCAGAACUGUUGGCAAAUGUAGGCGAAGAGGUCGGAGAAGGAGAAUAUCUGCGGACCUCUUUACAGUGUGCUGCACCGGAUGGGGUUGGAGAUGGAUUCUUGGAUGAUCCAGAGGACGAUGAUGUCGAGCCGGAUAUGAUUGCUGAUGACAGUGGCGAUGAUGUUGGAGCAAGUGAGCCUGCUGGGGCGGGCGGUGGUUCUAGCUCUGGCACGCAGCAGUACCCUCCAUAUUUUUCCUCUUUGGACCUGGAUGCCAUGAGAGAUGCUGAAGGGUCUGCAGGUUUGACAGAGUUUCAGGUUGGUCAGCAAUUUCCGGAUAAAGAAGAGGCCCUGUUAAGUGUCAAGACUUACAGCAUCCGUCGAGGGGUACAGUACAAGGUCGUGGAGUCUGACUAUCGCCGGUAUGUGGGCAAGUGUUCUGAGUUCGGCAAUGGAUGUACAUGGUUGAUUCGGCUCAGUCUCCAACAGCGCAAGGGACUUUGGGAGGUCAAACGUUACAACGAACCACAUACUUGUCUCGCCACCUCCAUUUCCAGCGACCACAAGAGUUUGGAUUACCAUGUGAUAUCGGCAUUCAUUAUGCCAAUGGUUAAGGCUGAUGCAUCCGUCAGCAUCAAGGUGCUCCUAAAUGCCACCGCCGCACACUUUGGGUUUAGGCCGACUUACAGGAGGGUCUGGUUGGCGAAGCAGAAGGUUGUUGCCCUCAUCUAUGGUGACUGGGAUGAGUCGUACAACGAGCUCCCAAGGUGGGUGUUAGGAGUCCAGUUGACGAUGCCUGGUACUGUUGCAGUCCUAAGGACGAGCCCUGUUCGUGUCGGUGGUCAGUUGGACGAUUCUCGAGCUUAUUUUCACAGACUAUUCUGGACAUUUCCACCGUGUAUCGAGGCAUUCCGUCAUUGCAAGUCCCUAGUUAGUAUUAACGGCACCCAUCUGUAUGGCAAGCAUAACGGCAUCAAGGCCGCGCUUGAGGCUCCUGACGGAGGCUGGUUGCCUCCGUCUGCAUACCGGGCAUUCUGCAUUCGACAUGUUGCAGUAAAUUUCGCCCUCACCUUCAAGGGCAAAGACGCAAGGAGGCUACUUGUGAAUGCGGCGUACGCUAAGACCGAGGUCGAGUUCCAUCACUGGUUUAAUAUUCUUAGGUCCGAAGACCCGGCGAUGUGUGACUGGGCGAACCGAAUUGAGUAUUCGUUGUGGACACAGCAUUGUGAUGAGGGGCAUAGAUUCGGACACAUGACGACGAAUAUAUCUGAGUGUGUGAACUCUAUCCUCAAGGGUGUCAGAAACCUUCCUGUGUGCUCGCUAGUGAAGGCAACAUACGGAAGGUUGGCCGAAUUAUUUAUUCACAAAAGGAGAGAGGCUGAGGCGCAGAUGGAAACCGGACAACAAUUUAGUCAGCACUUGAUGAAGUGUAUAGAGGCCAACUUGAAGACGGCUAGGUGCUUCACGGUUAUUGUGUACGACAGGGAUAACUCCGAGUUCACCGUCGCAGAGACAACUCCGACUGGUUCUUUCUCACUGGGUAGCUAUAGAGUCUCACUUGCAUCUCACACAUGUGACUGCGGAUACUUCAAAGCACUUCAUUUUUCCUGUCCCCACACACUGGCAUGCUGUGCCUACUCACGGCUUACUUGGGAGCCUUACGUCCACCAGGUGUAUCGUCUUAGUUCGGUCUUCAGUGUGUAUCGGAUGUGUUUCACACCUCCCAUUCCGGAGGGUUUCUGGCCACCAUAUGACGGGCCGACUGUCAUCCCUGACCCCAAUAAGAGGCGUGCGAGAGAGGGUCGUCCGAGGUCCACUCGGAUACGGAUCAAUAUGGACGAGGCAGAUCCGAACCGCCCAAAGAGAUGUGGGCUUUGUCGGCAGCCCGGCCACACACGUCGGAGUUGUCCAGAGCUCGGAGGAGCAGAGCACACACGGGGACAUGAUUAG